AUGCUCAAGCUCUUUGUUUUCCUUGCACUUAUAUGUAGCAGCAUCGCGUCGGCUUCUCACACUCAUUCCAGCCGUAGUUUGAGUUUCAGCAGCAUGCUCAUUCAGCGUCAACCUCAAUCGAGCGCGCACAAGCAUAUUAUUGGAAGAGGACUGCUCAAGCAAAGGCGCCCUGUACCGGAGAGUUGGACCAACGCCAAGCGACUAACGGCUGGCUUGCCUUUGAAGCCGCCUGUUAGACGCGGGAACGCUGUACGAAGCUUGUCACCGGUUCCUAGCCCGUCGGCGUCACCUAGACCGCCCCCGCUUUCGACACCAUCUGGCUCCCACUCCGAAACCCCUUCAUUGUCGGGAUCGUCAGCCCCAUCAGUCACACCUCCAACACCCCCAGUCCUUUCCACGCGUGGUUCGUUUGGUUGCACCGAUGCCGAGACAGGCGAAUUCGUGGGGUACAUUUCCAAAGAUCUGAACGCGUUCGGCCAGUAUACUCGCACCACCGACUCCACGAAGCGUUUACUUCUAGAGAUCGACUUGGAUGCGGCGCGACUCGGACCCGUGGAUAUGAUGGCUAUCAACGGUGGCGAAAACAACUAUCCUUUCUUUGGAGGGGUGACUGGCUUUUCGAGCACAAACUCAAACCUUUCGCCGAGUUCAUCCAACUAUGCCAACUUGUGUGGGACCAGCCAAACCAAUCCAGGAUCGCCGGCACAGAUCUGGCCAAAUACUUUCUCAGAAUAUUCUGGAGGUGCCGCUACUGUGGAAAGCGCGAUUGCGAGUUUUUGGCGAUACGAUAGCGUAUCAGGCGUCUACCCACAAUGGGUCAACCUGGAUGGAUCAAAGCCAGCGCUUCAUCUUGUAUACGUUCCGAACGCUGAUAUGUUCUCGCUGACUGGCAGUGUCGAGGCCUUCAGGGCGAGCUUUGGAUCCGUUACUCAAUGCUCGCUCUCGUUCGUGCCUACCGCCGCCUCAGUGCCAAUACCCACUACCAGCGUCUACUAA